CGCUAAAACAAAACUAUGUCAUUAUCCACAGUAACAGAUUCGGGAUACGCCACUGUGGCCAAAGAAAGAGAGCCUCCCGGGGUUAAAUUAUACUAUGAGCUACAUGGCAACGGACCUGAACAUGUUGUUCUUAUUAUGGGCUUAAACGCUUCUUGUUUGGCUUGGGAGAGACAGACAAAAUAUCUAGCAGAGACAGGAAAGUAUACUGUACUCAUUUUUGAGAAUCGAGGCAUGGGAUUGUCUGAUGCACCAGGUGGAUUAUACACCACUUCCCAAAUGGCACAAGACGUCAUUGACUUGUUGGACCAUUUUGGUUGGAAAGAUAAAGUCCAUUUAGACGGUGUAUCUAUGGGAGGUAUGAUUGCUUUAGAAUUGGCUUCCACCUGGCCCGAGAGAAUCGCUUCACUCGUCCUUACCAGUACAACAUCAGGUCGACAAGUACCACCUUGGAAAGCUAUUUCAACACUGAGUCGACUGAUGUUUGUACGUGAUCCAAAAUUAAAGGUAGGACAUGCUCUCACACUCAUCUAUCCACCUGAAUGGCUUUUAUCGAAACCCGAAGAAGAAGAUUUACAGCAUUACGAAACGAAUCGAGAUAUGUCGACUGCCCUGUUUUUAGCAAGAAUUGAGCGUAGUCGACCUCAAACAUUGGGUGGCAAUAUUGGCCAAACUGCUGCCUGUCUUCGUCACUAUGUGUCUGAUCAAAGACUGCUCAAGAUCAAGGAAGCGGGUAUCCCGGUACUGGUCAUGACCGGUACCUGGGAUAAUCUGGUUAAUCCCAAGAACUCGCAUCACCUUGCCCAAGUCUUGGAUUGUCAACUAGAGAUUUUUGAAGGCAGUGGUCAUGGUCUACCGGGAGAACAAGCUGUUCGGUACAAUAAGUACCUUGAUGAGCAUUUUUCAAAAGCUGCAUUAAAAAAGGCGGUUGUUUAAAUCUAUCUAUUAAUCUAUAUUGACUUAAAAAAAUAAAACUUUUAUCCGACCCAUCCAAGCGGUCAAUUGCCUGAUGUC